AUGACAUCCGAGGUCAUGCAGAGAGCCCUAUCUCUCCUCGAUGCCGAGAUCUCCAACAGCGAGCUGCUGAUGAGCGUUGCGCCCAUCAGGCUCAUCUCCAUCGGCGGAUCGCUAGCUGUGUGCCUGUUACGUAACCGCGAAUCGUCGUACGAUAUCGACUGCGUCCUCGAUCCCAACCUGGCCGCCGUGAAAGAAUACGCGGACGAAUUCAAGGCCGCCGUCUCCAAGGUCGCUCGCAGCGGCGGCUUUGGCCAGGACUGGCUCAACCGGCAGCUAGAGACGUUCAUUGCCCGCGACCGGCGCGGCGCUCUAUUCCUGGAAUCGGUCGACCAGGGCAUCACCGUCUACUCCGGACCCAACCUCACCGUCUUCGCAGGUCGCCUGGAUUGGGCGCUAGAGCGGAAACUGCGCCGCGUUUCGCACGCCCGUGACCGCCGCGGAAGCAAGGACGUCGACAUUCCCGACGCCGCCGCGCUUAUAAAGUAUAUGGUGAGCCGGACGAACAAGCCUCUGAGCUUCGACUUCGCCCGGAGCCUCAACUACAACGGAUUUGAUCUAAAGCCCACCGACGAGGCUCUGAGGGCGGUUGCUAGGCACUACGGGGAGACGUACGGAGCGGUGGGCCUCUUCAAGUAUCAGGACCUCAAUAAGGAGUGGGUUUGGUGUUAA